GCGACUCUUCUUCCGGGUGUUCGUUCUCGGAGUUAUCAUUUGUGAACUGUGUAAUAAUUGAUCGAGUGUGUGUGUGUGAACAAGGAUACGAUUCGUUAUGACCUCUGCAAUACAAUCCUUCUACAAGAACAAGACCAUUCUGAUUACAGGUGGCAGUGGAUUUUUGGGAAAAGUGACCAUUGAGAAGCUUCUCCGCUCGACGGAAGUGAAGCGGAUCUAUGUGUUGAUCAGGACGAAGAAGGGUCAAGAGCCUCAGGAACGCAUUGCAGGCUGGAAGGAUGAACCUUUCUUUAGUGUUCUGCUCGAAUCCAAGCCGGAUAUAAUGAAGAAACUGGUGCCCAUAGCAGGAGACAUUGCUACACAAGAUAUGGGCAUCAGUCUUUCGGAUAGGGAACUUCUCAUUAAGGAGGUCCAAGUGGUGUUCAAUGGAGCAGCAACUACUCGCUUCACGGAGCGACUGCACGUGGCUUUGGACACCAACACACGGCCAACUCGGACAUUGUUGCAGCUGGCCAGGGAAAUGAGUCGCCUGGAGGCUUUUAUUCAUGUUUCCACAGCCUACUGUAACUGCAUUAGCUUUCACAUCGAGGAACGCUUUUACCCUGAGCACUUGAAUUGUAAUGCCGAUCAGGCCUUGGGCCUGCGAGAGGUUCUAGGAGAUAAGUUGACAAGUGAAGCUGCACCCGUCCUGAUGGACAAGUUUCCCAACACUUAUACUUUUACGAAAGCUCUGUCGGAGCAAAUUAUUGAGCGCGAGUCGGGCGAUCUGCCCGUGGCUGUCUUUCGACCGGGUAUCGUUGUUAACACCUAUAAGGAACCUGUUGAGGGUUGGAUAAUGAAUCCGUAUGGUGGCCCACUGCUUCACCACGCUGCUGCUUUAGGUACUGUGCGUACCGUACUACUAAACCCUGUUAGUAACGCCAAUAUCCUGCCCGUCGACUACUCCGUCAACAUGAUGCUUGCUCUUGGCUGGCACACGGCAGCAGAGGCCGCUGUUCGAAAAAAGAAUGCGAUUGCUGCUCCCCCACCGCCCAUCUACAACUACGUGGCCAGUGAAAGCAAUAAGCUGAUGUGGGGGGAGUACAUGAAGAAAGUGUUGGCGCUUGGAAAUGAGUUUCCGCUGGAGGGCAUAAAGUGGUUUCCCUUCUUGAUCUGUACCGCAAAUAUUUGGAUGUUCCGACUGCUCGGCUUCUUCUUUCAUUAUGUGCCCGGCUUCUUUAUGGACCUCGUUUUACAAUUCAGGGGCCAGAAGCCGUUUAUCGUUAAGCUGUACCAGAAGAAUCACAGGCAAAUGGAGGUUCUGUCACAUUUCGGCAAUAAUAUCUGGAGAUUUACGACGGCCAAUACAAAUCAACUGUGGAACAUUAUGUCAUCAGUGGAUCGAGAGGUAUUCGUGUUCGACAUGGUCACGAUGAACUGGAAGGAUUUCUUGAUCAAAACCACAUCAGGCAUGCGAGUCUAUAUGGCCAAGCAACCAAUCACCCCAGAAUCUAUAGCACGAGGUCGCAAGGCUCGAUCACGCUUCUUCAUUCUACAUAAUCUGGUGAAGUACAGCUUUUCUAUGUUGAUCGCCUUCGUAUUGUGGAAGCUGUUUCGCUGCCUGCUUAAUGUCUAGUUCACUUUUAGUCAAUGGAAUACUUAACAUUUAACAACAUAUCAGCUGAAUUUCGUAUACUUAAUAUUCGUAUUGACACUUGGAUUGUGUGAGUGCUUGCAAUGGGGGCGAAGUCUGGCUAGAGAACAUGAGAGCGAAUUGAAUAAAACGUUAUAAUUAAUCGCUUGCUAUAAAUACGGUGUUCAGGUUUUUGUCUGCUUUUAGUUUAGCGGUUAGUUAAGACGCGGCUGUCGUUCCAGUUGUUCGCUCUCGAAGUUGUCAUUUGUGAUCAAGUGUGUGUGUGUGAACAAGGAUUCGAUUCGUUAUGACCUCUGCAAUACAAUCAUUCUACAAGAACAAGACUAUUCUGAUUACAGGUGGCAGUGGAUUUUUGGGAAAAGGUAGAGCAAUUUAAUAAAAGGAAUCAAUACUUAAGAA